CCGCUCCUUACUCCCUCUUCUUCUCAUGUACUUAAUUCUUUUUCCCUUUUAAUCUCAAAAUUCCAUGAGUUCCUUUGCCCAACAUCUCGUAAUACCGUUCAAAUCCCUAAACCUUUUCUUUUUUUCUCCAUGAUUUUUUAUAUAUAUAUAUACAUAUAUGCAUAUAAAAAAUGAUUCAUUGAUUUGGGGUUUUGUUUCUCUCUCAAUCAGGACAAAAGGGUUUUCCGAUCUAUAGCAAAAGACCACAGGGAUUGAUCUAUGGAAUUCCUUUUUUAGCAGUGUAUUUUCUUUUUCCUUUUUCAGUUUUGUUCGAUUUUUUUCACUUAUUUUCUUUCUCUCUCCACUGUUUCGAAGCCAGCUUCUCUUUUGUCGAAGCCAUAGGAGCUUGGUAAUUGUUGAUUCAGCUUCGUUUGAAUCGAUUGAUCAGCAAUGUAACGGUGGAUUUCUCUCGGUUGUCUCGUUUAAAAGAGCUUGGUUUGGGUUCUAACAAGUUAAAUGGUGAAAUCCCAGAAGAAAUCGCCUUUUAGAUGGAAAUCGCCUUACAGGUAACAUACCAGAUUCAUUUUCAAACAUGUCUAAUUUGAAGUACUUGAAUUUAUCUAGAAAUAAUCUUGAAGGUGAGAUUCUAAGUGGAUUAGGUUCUUUAUUCAAUGAUAGUUCUGUAUUUUCAAUGAAUGAAAAUUUAUGUGGUAAGCCAUUGAAUAAUGACUGUAAAAAUGUGAGAAAAAAGAAACAGAGGAAGCUGAUUUUGUUGAUUGCUAUGAUCGUUGGUGGUAUUGGGCUAUUUGUCGUGUUUUGUUGCGAUUACAUUUACAGUCUUCUACGGUGGUGGAAGAGGUGGAUGACCGGAGAGAAUAAGCGGAGUACGGCUAGUGCUAGUUCAGGAGCAGAUCAAAGUCGUGGAAGUUCAACUUCUUUUCGUUGAAGUUCAACUUCGCUGAUUCAGUAAACUUUGAGAAUAUUAGACCUCCUGUAAUGGAAGGCUUAGAUACAUUAAUCAUGAGAAAGAAACAAUCUUCAAAGUCCAGUAGCCUUGAAAGCAAUGGUAGUUCUUCAAAUCAAACAUCAAGUGCAUCUCAAUGGUUUUCUUCAAAAUCAUCAAAGAAGUCGGGAACUGAUGAAAGAAGUGUUCCAAGGAACACUAUUGCUGUCCAGGCAGACAUGCCAUUCAGUGGCCUCACUACUUUCGGAACUGCAUUUUUGUCAAAGUUUGAGUGUUCUCAAAUGCCACAUCCAGAUAGGAGCAAAUGGUUUGGAGAACUCCCUUGGGAAGAAAGUUUACGGGAUGCACAUGAGUUUGGAAAACUUGUUCUGUUUUAGAACUUGGAUCUAGCUUACUCUUUAGCAGAAGUGGAGGAUAUAGUUUGGAAUGCCUUCAAUGAAAACUUGCAGAGCAAAGAUGGUGCAGCAGACUGCAUUUUAUUUUUUACUACCUUGCAAUGUGUAUAGUCAUAGGCAAGUUCAACUAGUUAGUGUGUUUCUCAUAUGUAUUAUUUAUUUUAGUUUUGAUUCUAAAUUUUUAAUUUUAAUUUAAUAUUUACGACAACUUCAGUUCUAA